AUGAAAAAAGAUCAAGCUGGGUCUCGUUAUAUCUUUAGUUCGGCUCAACAUGAGCUUCCAUCGGUACACAUUUCAUCUCGUUUGUCGUCGCUAGGUAAUGGAGAUUCUGGGGACGACAUAGCAAGAACUGCGCCGGGGACUCCACUGUCUAUGAACUCUUUUGACUUUCGGCCCCGAUACCCACGAGCGGUGACCAACUCCUCACUAAAUGUCCUUGUUGACACACCAGGCACAGAAUCAGACUUGAAAAAACUUGGCGAGCCAAGGUCUUUGCUUAAAGGUGGUGACAAUAAUUUAACUUCUGAAAAGCGUGGCGAUAAUGGCUCCCUUUCAGAUAGUAUCAACUCUGCUAGCUUGGCUCAGCCAAGCGAUGCUGGAGGAGAUGACACGUGGGCAAACAAAGGCGCCGCAGUUAAGUCAGUUUACUCGCAAAACGGCGAACCAGCUGUUAUACGGAGAAGCGUCAAUGAUUUCAAGUUUGGGAAAGAAUUGGGCGAAGGCUCAUAUUCCACUGUUAUAUUGGCUACCGAUAAAAUUACAUCAAAACAAUAUGCGAUAAAAGUUUUGGACAAGAGACAUAUUAUCAAGGAGAAAAAAGUGAAAUAUGUCAACAUAGAAAAGCAUGCAUUGAAUAGAUUAAGCAAUAGAAUGGGAGUCAUUUCGCUUUACUUUACAUUUCAAGAUAAAGACUCUCUUUAUUUUGUUUUGGAUUACGCAGCCAACGGAGAAUUGCUUUCAUUGAUCAAACAAUACACUACGCUCAACGAAGAGUGUACACAACAUUUUGGUGCUCAGAUCCUCGACGCCAUUAACUAUAUGCAUGAGAAUGGUGUGAUUCAUAGAGACAUUAAACCAGAAAAUAUUCUUUUGGAUGACAAGAUGAGGAUACAGUUUACUGAUUUUGGUACUGCCCGACUUUUGGAGAAAAAGAAUGACGAAAGUGAAGACUACCCGGUUGACGUUCGUGCGAAAUCAUUUGUGGGAACAGCCGAGUAUGUAUCACCCGAGCUACUCGAAAGCAAAUAUUGUGGUAAGCCGGGUGAUAUAUGGGCUUUUGGAUGCAUUAUUUAUCAAAUGAUUGCAGGGAAACCUCCAUUUAGAGCUACAAAUGAGUAUCUUACGUUUCAAAAGAUUACCAAACUUCAAUAUGCAUUUAGCGCUGGCUUCCCUAAUAUUAUUAGAGACUUGAUAAAAAAAAUAUUGGUGUUGCAACCAUCAAAGAGGGCCACAAUUCCUGAAAUACAAAACCACUAUUUUUUCCAGCUGAAAAAUUUUAAGGAUUUUGAUGACAUUUGGUCAAAGCCGCCUCCAGUAUUAGGUCCUUAUAAAAUGACGGCCAAGUCUAUGAUGAAAGUACCCAAUGCUAUGAAAGUACCCAAUGCGGUAAAGGCUAUUAGCUCACCAAGCUCGAAGAAGAAACAGUCAUCUACGACGACGACACGCGAAGCUGCACAACCAUCUGCAAAAGCCCAAGUAACAGCCAAAGAAUCAGAAUUUGGAGCACCGUUAACCGCAACGGAAACUGUAAAUCCAGCAUCUGCAGCUGCAGCUGCUCUCAGAAAACCUCUGUCAGGGUCGGAAGUUAGUGGGUCAGAUCCAUCGACACUGAGAGAUAGUUCCGCCGAGCCAAGGAGAACAGUAAAAACACAACGUCCAGAUUACAUUCCUGGUACUAAAAUUUUACGGCCACAAAUUAAGGGUCGACCAUCAAUUCAAUCUUAUUCACGAGCAUCCUCCACCAGUACUGCUACCAAUGCUGCCAACAAUGCUACGAAUAAGGAACGGUCAAAUUCGACAGUGGUAACGGCUGCUCCAGAUAUAAUGGAUGUAACUCCACCAGGUGUUUUGGAAGCAGCUUGGGGUUCCCAUCUUGAACAUAGCGAUGAAAGGAUAAUUCGUGUGGGCCCAGUGAUUGUUCACAAGGAACAAGCCGAUGCGUUUAAAAGCAAACACGACAACUCUUUACGAACAAUCUCCUUGGGUGCCACAAAGUCUCAUCGCAGUAGAUCUGAAACUAGCCUUUUAUCGCAAAUGGUUAAUGGAGUUCCAGUUUACACUAAAGAAAAUACAGAUGAAACUGUUGCCAUCUCUGAACCGGAAGAAACCAAUUUCCUUAAACGAUCAGCUAGCAAAAAGAGCAAAAAGAGUCUGGAUAUCGAAAGAACGCCAUCCACAAAUUCCAACAAUAGGUUGACAAAACACACUUUUUUUAGAAAAUUGGGUAUUACGCAUGGUGAUAAAAAGGACGACGAAAUGGAAUCUAGUAACAUGUUUUCUUUAGACAAAGCGCAAACUGGAACAAUGGUGAUCACCACUCACGGUAGGGCCUUAGUGUUUGCAAGAAAGGAUUUAGAAUCAGAGUAUAAAUUGAUAUUGGCCGUGAAGUUGAAUUUUCCAUUCAUUCGUAUCCAGGAGUUGGUUACAUCUCAAAAUAAGCUAUCGAAAUUUUUACCCACUGUGGGUAUAUUUGUCAUUUCUGCAGUCGAGCUGGUGUUUGUCUUUGAGGUAGAGAAGUUGGACGUUAGCCACUGGAUUGAUGCAUUAUUGAAAUCAAAGUACAAUGAAAUGGAAAGAGAUAAAUUGAAAGCAGCGGCAGAAGCUGGUAAAGACAAUCCAUCGCUGACUAAAUCUGUGCCUGCGGCCGCGCCUGCACCUACACCUGCACCUGCACCUGUGCCUAUGGGAACUGCAAAAGAAGCGCGUGCCAAACACCAAGAACCUUCUCCUACUUCCAAAAAGAAAGAAGUUCCUGCUAGGAUUCGAAACGUGGAGACGAUACCUAGCCUGAAGAAUCAAAAAAUGAAUGGUGAAUCCAGGACAAAUGCAAAGUCACAAAGAGUUUCUCCUGACCAUUCAGCGCUGACAAGUAUGCUUAAGAGUAGAAUUCAGAGAUCAAUGCCACGAAGGAAACCACCGCCAGUUAGUCCGCCAAACGAACUAAAUGUACACACCGGUCUUCCGCUGAAUUCACCGGAAACUGGUUAUCUACAUGCGGCCCAACUAGCUGUUUCGCAGCACUCUCACAUGCCAGUAUCAAACAACCGCCGUUCUAGUUUUACAAAAGAGAAUGGAAUAAAAGCAGACUUGAACAGGUCUAUGGCGAAUGCUAGUAGCAGUACUGGAGGUAAUGGUGGUGGGGGUGGUAAUAAUGGAUCUGGAGGAGGAAGAUCAAGUACUCCUACCCUGCCUGUAAUAACAGGUCUGAACUCCAAAUUUCUUGCGCGUAGUAGUAGAAAAUAG